UCCAACAACUUCCAGCACAUCAGUCCUCUCAGCCAGCUUCCUUGAUCGACUCCCUCCAGGGCAGACAUCAUACAUACAGAUUCUCCGGCACCAAGCCCAGCCACUUCAUCGACAGCCACCAUGUGCUUCUACGACAUGUACAAGUUCUCUUGCCGCGACUGGAAGUGGGGAAACUUCCGUCAACACUGCCAGAAGGAGUACCGCACGGGCGAAACGUGUGGAACCAAAUUGAUCUACCAGACCAUCGACCAACCAGACAAAUGCACCUUUUGCGAGAAAAUCGAGAAGAAGCUGAGACGGCGCCAGAAAGCCGCCGAGGAUCGUCAACGAUGGAUGCAGGAGCCCCAGAGGUUUCGUGCUAGUAUCGAGAAGGCUACUGAAGAUAUCGCCACUUUGACCCGUGAAAUUCAGCAGCUGCAGAUGGAUAAGGAUGCCAAGUAUCAUAAUGUCGGCAACACCAAACGCAGGGCUUGAGAAUUGAUUGGUGGCAAGGCUCGCUCCGAUGGAUGGAUGGAUGGAGGUCGAAUCUGCGCUUCUUCGAUUCUUUCUGUAUUGAUUGAUUGAUUGAUUGAUCACCUUCGUUUCAGAACAGGGUGCAUCUUUUUUUUCCUCGGGGUCGGCUUCGUUGUAUCAGAUUGCUGCAGAGAUGUGCGUGGGCCACUCAUUUUUCGGCAGGACAGGGGGGUGUUUUUUGUUAUUAGCAUACCUUACGUACGAAGUCAUGACAUUUUUCUUUCUUCCUUCUG